AACCCCGCUCACUCCAUCCGCCGCGACGACCGCAGACACAAAAACAAUAACAAAUCGAUUCGCGGCAGCGAAUGGGGCGGCGGAGCGAAGGGGGAUGGGGUCAGCGCGAGGGGUAGGACUACUGUCGAGCCCCCCCUCCCCCCCUCGGGGGAGGGAGGGGGGACCACACGCGCGCGCGAGAGAGGAAGAAGAGAAAGGGCGAAGCCGACUGGGACCGAGAAGGAGAGAAAAUCCUACCCUCAACGCGCGCCUCCGAGCCCCCUCGUCACCCCCGUGUCUCUUUCCCUCUUUCUGGAUAUUGUAUAGAGAACGUUAUGCUAAAGUAUGCAUGCACGAGGGUCGGUCCAAUGGUCAGGAAUCUCGCGAGUUCGUUCGUUCUACGACGGCACGUAUCCGGACGACCCGGAUAUACUCGUGUCUCUCCUUGACUCCGGUAUUCGCGGAUCGCGCCGACGUCACGUCCUUUAUCGCAUUAUCGUCAUCGUCGUCGUCGUCAUGAGUGUGGCGGCGCUGAGCCGCGACGCGCGUCAACUUCCGGUCGAUCGGUAAGGUGGAGAUCGGCCCGGCUACGAGCGGGGGAUGAGUCCGGCGUAAUGACGAUCGGUCCGAAUUGUUGCGAUGGAAUAUGGGAUCUGGAGUCUUCACGUCGCGGGUGAACUUUGGGGUGACCCGCGUCUCGCCCGAAGGCACCCGAUUCUGCCUCCCGGCGCGACAUCGCAGCUUCUGCCGAGGGCUGCCUUCGCUCUGAGCGCCCUUCAUCGGCCCGACAUGCUGCCGCUGCCUCUGACGGCGGCGGGGCCGCCCUACGUCCCCAUGGAGCUGGUGACGAAACCGUCGUCGGUCGCAUCCACCAAUGCCGAGGACGCCGAGGACGGCGAGAAGAGCACGAACGCCGAAGAUGAGGACUCUCAGCAGCGCGACGACAACGAAGGCAACAUCGAAAAGGCCGAGGAUCAGAACGAAAACCAGACCUGCGUGCCAACCGAAAGCAACGACAACGAAGAUGCUGGAGAUGAGAGCGAUACCGGUAGCACCGACAGCUCACACAGAUCGGCCAACAACAAUCUGUCAAUCGCGAAGCUACCCGAUCCGAUGUCAUGUUUGGCCCUCGACAAGGAAGGAACGGUGACGCCUGUCCUGAACGGUUGGGUGUUGGGUGCUUACACGGCGAUGCUUGGGAGGCUGUCAGCAGCCACCGCGGCACUCGAAGCAACGGAAGUUCUCAAUAUUCCCUCCGACAGUGAUUCCGAGAGCGAGCACUCGUCCUAUACUGAAAAAUCGAGAGGCAGCAGCCCGAACGUGAGCAGCGUUCACCGCGGCUACUCCUGCGGCUCGUGCGACGUAAUGGCGCCGACGAGGCCGGCUCUGAGGAAGCACAUAGCCGACUGUCAUCCGGCACUCUCCGGCACGGAGACCGGCGAGAUCAAGAGGUGUCCGUCCACGGGCUGCGACUUCACGACGAACAGCAGGUGCGAGAUGGAGACCCAUGUGGCGGCCCACGUGGCCCAGGGGAUGACGCCCACGGGAAAGAAGCGUUCCCUGGCCUUGCAACGCGUCAGGUAUAGAUACGAGAGAGAGGAGUAUCGAUGCUCGCUGUGCUCAUAUGCGUGCACGAUCGAGAAGGCGUUCCAGAGACACCUGCGAGCGCACGCGAGGGGCUCAGCGCCGGAAACUAGGGUGAGCUGUGCCGUCUGCGGCGCCGAUCGUUCCUCCGAGGUCGAUCUUAGCAGGCAUAUGCGAAGGCAUCGUGACGACCGGUACUUUUGCUGCGACAUCUGCAUCUUUCGCACGGUACAAUUGAAAAAACUGAUCCAACACCGGCGCAUGCACACGGGCGAGAAGCCGCAUCUGUGUCCGCAUUGCGCUUAUAGGAGCGCACGUCGCGACAAUCUGCGCAGCCACGUACGACGAGUGCACAAGAAGGAGAAUCUCUACUGCGACACCUUCAGCCCGCGCGGGAUGCUGAUAACCCCCUCGUUGCUGGCCUCCUCGAGAGACACCACCGAGAACACCGAUCCGCCGCAGAGUCCGGCGUCUUCGCCGAAUCCAGACGCGACCAAUUAGCGAAGAUGCCCCCGGGAAACAAGGAGGGAAACGACAGUCCGAUCGGGUAAUUCGCGAAGAAAGAAAACCGCGACCCACAGGCUCUUUAUACGUCCUCAUUUUGUCAAUAUACUGCGAUCUAGAUAUUAGAAUUCACUGGGAAGGCUUGCGUACGCAAAGUGCUGAAUUCGGUAGACAAUCGGAAUAAAAAAAAAUCGUAACUCGUUCGAAAUUUCACGUAAACAGAAGUAACUUGAGAGAUGAUGAGAAGUAAAUAAGCGAGGUAACUUGAGAAAUGUUGUCGACCGAAAGGAUUUGACGGAAUUGUUCUCCAAAUCGGCAUCGGCAAGGCUUCCCUUCUUAGGCGCUAGGGAAACGUAUAGAUUAUUGCAUGCGCACAUCGAUAAUUUAAUGUAAUCUUUGAAUUCUAACGAGAUCUUGUAUUAGCUAUGUAAACCAGGUAUCCAGGUGUUAUAUCGCGUAGCCGAUUCGACAAAGUAUACGACGAUCGGCUAUUAACCCGUUCGAUGAUGAUGACGAACGGGGAAAGCUGCAUGAUGGUGCUAGAAUCGUAGACUGGAUCACACGGAGAAAGACUGAAAGUAGAAACGAAUUCACGGCGAGACGUAACGUCGAUCGUCUUUUAUGCACGUUCUUCCGCACCGAUCGCCGUGACUAAAAAAAAAAUAAAAAAAGACGAAGAAAAGGCAGAAGAAAUUGCAAUUCAGCGAAGUUUAAGACUGCAACCCUGAACUGUUCCGAGGAUUCUCGUUUGUUGAAUGUCGUGACGUUUUAUUGCAUCUCAUUAACUAUUUCAAUAAUUGUAAACUCUCUUUCUCUCUCUCGCUCUCUUUAAUUACAAUUUAAUUUUAAUUUUUAAAUAUUAGUUAAUUCUUAAGAUAUGCUUAAAUUUUAGUUUUCUAGGCCUACUUUCUAGGUCUUGAGCCUUCACAGCCUACUAUAGUAUAUAAUUUUAAUUGUAAUUUUAAUUUAAAAAUUUGUUAGAAAAUUCUACAUGUGUAUAUAUAGAGAGACAGACACGGCGAUCGAUAAAUUUAUGGACGUUGACAAAUUCGAGCGGCAGCUCGAGUAAUGCUCGAGCGCAUAUCGGGGCGGAUGUAGUACGAGACUCGAUUGAAUCAGGCCAACGGUUAAUGAGAUCAAUAAAAGCACCGAGUCACGACACGCGGCAUGUCGCGAGGACCCCGGCCGGGAUGGAAAGGUGCUAUUUUAACGAAGAUUCGUUUUAACGUUACGUAUCUAGAUUAUAGUUCGCUCUCGCUGCACGAAUCGCCAUGCUAUAAGUAUAUCGUUAAGUACUUGUUAAACUGCGAACACGUUGUUAUCGUUGCUUGGGUUGCCGUUAUCGUUUUUUGUUAGUACUAUUACGAAUUUAAAAAGAAAUGCGAUAUAACGCAAUACGCUAAUAUAAUUAUACCAAGUAUUAUAAUGACAGGUCCGACGCGUUUCGUUUUGCAGACAGUAUCGCGAUUUGAGAAUCAUCUUCGUAGAAUCCUUACAUCAUUAUACAUCUAUUUUUAUGAAUCUCUAGCUAUAUUUAAUUCAGUAGAUCUAUAAAUUCAAAGAAAUUCAUGCGAGUUUGAAAAACCAUUUUAUUGAAAUACCCAUUUGUUCUUAUACAUAACACUUUAGAAAGGAAGCUGUCAAACGCGAUUGUCACUUUUUGCAAAAUCAAAACGUCGGACUAGUUUGCUAUCGGUACAAGUGUGUUUCUCUCUUUAGGAUCGUCCUCGACGAUCGAUCGUUUGCUCGCACAAGGGAGAGAAAGCGGACAAAAACUUAAUGUAACGAAGAUAUGUGUCAAUUUUUAAUGUAUCAUACAAAUACUACGUUGUAAUCGAUAAACGAUUUUUAAUCGGUGUGUGGCGCGAAAUGCUUCGUGCGCCAUGACACAAGAAGGUGUGUCGUCGAGAAUGAGAUUAUUCUCCGUCAUUACUACAUAUAUACUACGCUAAACACUACGAGGUAUACGAAGAAUGCGAAGUCAAAGCUGCACGGCAUGAAAAGUUUCAUUCCAGUAUAUAUUUUCAUAUUUAAAUAUCGAUUUUUUCUUUGCAAACGCCAACUGCGUUCGAUUCGCGUUUCGUCGAGAAUAUUAAUGAGUAUAUUUUUUUUCCAACAAAAUUUUUCACUAUCUCGUUGCUACAUUUUGCGAUGACUCACUUGCAUAAUUUGCCAAACUCUCAUUAUUAGUUAUCAUAUUGUCAGUAUUAUCUUCGCUAGAAGUAUUGCGAGUAAAUAUGACUCAUUCCGUGCCAAGUAGCAAGUAAUUGGGAGUAAGCCACAAUUACGAGCGAAUGUGUGAUUUAGAUUUUAAUUAAUAUUACAUUACAUAUAAUUACAUAUACAAAUUAAAUAUUAAAUUAUAUUUUAUCUUUUAGGUAUAUAUACAGAUGGUGAUUACUAUAGUAGCCGAGAUUAUGCGUGGAAGUUGGUAAAAAAAAAAAAAAAAAAAAACUAUUGCACAGAUUAUAAUAAGGAUAUUAGAUUCAUUCGCACCCGAAGGCGCAGAAAGGGUUUGACAUGUACCGGGUGUGCGGUUAGUUCGAUCCGUGCCAAAACAGAGAGAAUCGUUAUCGCGAGUUAUAUACGGCCACAUAUACACAUUUUUGCUUUUGUGAUAUACAAUAUUGCGUAUAUCGGAAUGGAUAUAUUUUAUAUUCGUAAAACAAACGCGUUUAUUGGUGCAAUAGUCCACGAUAUGAUCCUCUUUAACGCGACUUUUUAUAUGACUAAUUUUACACAAAGCGCUACCAGAGGACACUACUUACUUUCUCCCUUUCGCGCACACAUGCGUAAGAUGAUGCAUCGAAUGCAAUUUUCAUAUAUUCUGGAAUAUUUGUACAACGAGUAAUGGGUUUAUCGUUGCGCGCGUAGUUUGCAUACCCAGACGACGAAGGAGGAUUUACUCGUUAAUUUACACGUCCGCGAUUUUAAGCGCGACUGGCUCCGUCCGCCGUUAGCAUUUACUUCCGUCACCCUAAAUAUAUCUUUCAUUUCGACUUAAAAAAAAAAAAAAAAGAGUCGUGGCGCACACGCAACUCGAAUCGAGCGUUUCGUUCGUACAAGUGAAGAGAGCUGUCGUGAGAUAUCUAUACGUAAAUAAGGAGAGGAUGCGAAAAAAAAUUCUUUUUUCGAGAGAACGAAAUUUCAGACACACGCCUCCUUCCCCGGCGUUUUUCCCAGUUCGCGAAAACCAGUAGUUUUCCCCGAAGGAAAUAACAAUAACGAGGACACCUCAUUUUAUCGUAUCGUCCGCGCGAAUCGGUCUCAGGUUUCGCCGACCGAGAGAUUCAUUCGCAUUAAUUAUAUUACGAGCUCAUAAAUGAUAAGCAACACGGCACACCGUGUGCCGACAUUACGAAGAGGAAGAGAAUAAAUGCGUGCCAAAGUAACCCCGAUUACGUAGGGGGACGAACGAUGUUUUACGGAAGAGGGAGACGAGAUGCGCGAAGGGUGGGAAGCUGCUUCGGACGCGAAACGCGCGACCAAUAAAAUUUCUCGUCCGUUCUUGGAAAAUCGGGAGACUCGUCGUGUUCUGUCUCGUCGAAUUUUUGGGACCUUUGCUUCAUUCAUCUACGAUCCAAAAAAAAGGGAGAAAAAAAGUGUCUGUAGACACUGAGUAUAACUGAGUUUCUAAAGUAUAACAAAGCUUUCCCGAAGGAUCUGAAAAUUCGAUGACGAUCGCGAGUUUCGCGAGAGUCCGCGAAUGUCGAGGAAUUUGAGCCUGAUCGUCCACUUCCACCCUUAUUUAGUUGGCCUGAUUUCCUUCAUCGUGAUAAAAUUAAAAAAAAAACAAAUGUCUUAGAAUUGGGAAUUAUAUUUAGGAGUUUUCGAAUUCUAUAUAAGUAAAUUGUUAUAUUACUAUUAAUAUUAAAUUAUUCAUUUAAUUAUGAAUAUUAUUAAUAUUAAAUUCAUUAUUCACAGAGCUGACAUUUUUUUUCUCGCAGGGAAGCUAAAUAAACGUUUACAAAAAAAAAAAAAAAACUAAAAUUAAU